CUUCAAAAAAAAUUCAAACUUUUCAGCAUUUCCAACGCCGAAACCCAUCUUUUUAUUCAAUCCCCCCUUUCCUUUGAGCUUUCUUGUUAGAAGAAAUAUGAGAAUGGAAGAAGACGGCAGCGGCGAUCUUGAAGUUCCCUCCUAUUUCCUCUGCCCAAUUUCCCUCCAAUUGAUGAGAGAUCCGGUGACCAUCUCCACCGGCAUUACCUACGACCGAUCCAACAUCGAGAAAUGGCUCUUCUCAUGCAACAAGAGAACUUGCCCCAUCACGAAACAGCCCUUGUCCGAUCCCGAUCUGGUAACCCCAAACCACACCCUUCGCCGUUUGAUCCAAGCUUGGUGCACCCUCAACGCCUCUCAUGGAGUUGAACGAAUUCCAACUCCCAAGUCACCCAUUGACAAAACCCAUGUCACCAAGAUCCUCAAACAGGCCAAGAACUUCCCCAAUUCCAUCCACAAGUGCCUCCUUGCACUCAAAGCCAUUGCCUUGGAGAGUGAAAGAAAUUGCACCCUUGUGGCUCAAUCCGAUGGAGCUUUUGAGUUUGUAGCCGCCGUUAUUAAGAGUGGUGGUGAGAAGAACAUUGGGUCCAUUGAAUUGGCGGUGGAAAUUUUGUUCCACAUCAAAUCCUCGGAAGCCCAUCUCAAGAAUCUCGUAAAUGGAGAUGGCAACUUCAUAAACUCUCUUACUUUUGUCCUAAAAAAUGGGAACUGCCAAUCGAGAGCCUAUGCCAUAAUGUUGCUCAAAUCAAGCUUGGAACUUGCUGAUCCAAUUCGGUUGAUGAGCAUUGAGAGGGAGCUUCUUAGUGAAAUUGUGCGCGUUAUACAUGAUCAUAUAUCUCACCAAGCCUCCAAAUCCGCGUUGAAGGUUCUAGCCGAGGUGUGCCCUUGGGGGAGGAACCGUGUGAAAGCGGUCGAGGGAGGGGCAGUCAGCAUGUUGGUGGAGCUUCUUUUGAACUCGACUGAGAGGCGGUGGUCGGAGAUAGGGCUGGUGAUUUUGGAUCAGUUGUGUGGGUGCGCGGAGGGACGAGAGAAGCUGAUGGAACACGGUGCUGGGGUUGCGAUUGUGUCGAAGAAAAUACUUAGGGUUUCAGCAAUGGCAAGCGAUCGAGCAGUGAGGAUAUUGUCAUCGAUAUGUCGGUUUUCGGCGUCGGUAAAGGUAGUUCAAGAAAUGUUGGAGGUUGGAGUUGUGGCGAAACUGUGUUUGGUGUUGCAAAUGGAUUGUAGCUCGAAGACGAGAGAGAAGGCAAGGGAUAUACUCAAGUUGCAUUCUAGGGUUUGGAGUAACUCUUCUUGUAUUCCGCCACAUUUGGCGUCGGCUUAUCCAUCGUCAUCGUCUUGAUUCUUAUUAUUCUUCUUCGUCGUCCUCAUCGUCGUCCUCGUCUUGUACAAACAUUCAAAACAUAGAUUAUUUUUGUGAGCAAAAGUUGCUUGCAAUUCAAAAGAAUGGUAUACAAUUUUCGGUUUUGUUCGUAC